AUGGAUCACCCGUCUGACGACUUUCGCACCAUAGCAGAGGCAAGAGCCUACGGGAUCGCAUGCCAGCUCGCCGUGGGGGUGGAGGAGAGCGAGGCCGAGUCUACGACAGAAAUUCUGCUGGAGGAAGUGCUGGAAUUGAAACGAGCUGAGCUGAGGAGGAGGAGGGAUACGCUGCUCUCUGCCGCUCAGCGAGAAACUCUGAGGGGGUUCCUGGAGAGGAGGAGGAGCCGCGAGCCUGUGCAGUACAUUGUUGGUCACUGGCCAUUUUACAACCUUGAGAAGCUGCUGGUCAGAAGGCCGACGCUGAUCCCGCGGCCAGAGACAGAAGAGCUCGUUGAGUUGGUGUUGAGGCAGUUCGAAGGUGCUGCAGCGGAUAGAAUGCCGAAGAGAAUGAUGGAGAUCGGUCCAGGCACAGGCGCCAUCUCCAUCGCUCUUCUCAAGCAAUGGAAGAAAUUCUCAACCUCUUGCCUUGCGAUCGAACUUUGUGAUCAUGCGGUCACUCUGACUCGUGAGAACUCAAGACUUCAUGGCCUCCAAGAGUCGCUCGAGGUUAUCCUGUGCGACUUUCGCCUGUGGGUUCAGAAUUCUCUUCCCAUCCCAGCACAGGAAAAGUUCGACCUCCUCGUCAGCAACCCGCCCUACAUCCCAUCUGAUGACAUGCUCAUCCUCGAGCCAGAGGUCAGCGAUUAUGAAGAUCGAGCUGCUCUUCACGGAGGAGAGGAUGGGAUGGACCUCAUACUCUGCAUCCUACGAGCAGCAAGGGUCUAG